GGUCUGAUUGGACCACAAGGAGAGCAGGGAGAACCGGGUUCUAGGGGCCAGAGAGGUGAACGAGGAAAACAAGGCAUCCCAGGACCUCCUGGUCCUAAGGGUGAUCAUGGUGCACCAGGUCCUCCAGGGUUUACAGGAGAACAAGGCAUUCAGGGGCCUCCCGGCCCACCUGGUCUGAUGGGGCCUCCGGGACCAAGUGGCAUACCAGGAAGUCCAGGGCAGCCAGGACCUGUUGGAGUUAUGGGACCACCAGGUCCUCCAGGAGAUACUGGAAUUCCUGGUGCUGCAGGAAAGACAGGUCCUCCUGGCCCUGUUGGACCACCUGGCAACCCUGGACCACCUGGCCCCACAGGAGCGCCAGGCUAUCCGGGUGACAGAGGUUAUCCAGGUGCUGAGGGUGAUAAAGGUGCCCCUGGAUUGCCUGGACCUGCUGGAUCGGCUGGUACUCCGGGUCCUCCUGGCCCACAAGGAAAUGAAGGCAAGCGUGGAGAAAAAGGAAACCAGGGAGACGUUGGCCCACCUGGUGAGAGAGGUCAAAAGGGUGAAUACGGAGGGCAGGGACCACCAGGCCCUCAGGGACCCAUUGGUUUGCAAGGGCCACCUGGACCUCCAGGCUCACCGGGAGAGCCAGGACCUCGAGGUCUGCAAGGUAUUCCAGGCAGAAAGGGAUCUGAAGGACCUCGUGGAUUGACCGGCCCAGAAGGUGCAGCUGGACUUCAGGGAUUGCCUGGGCCACCAGGACCUAAAGGAGAAUCUGGCGAGCCUGGAAAAUUGGGAUCUCCUGGGGAACCAGGUAGUCCCGGCCAAGUGGGUCCACCGGGAGCAAAGGGAGACUAUGGUCCACCUGGCCCUCCAGGAACACCAGGAUCAGAUGGCCCACCAGGUCCUCCUGGCUUGUUAGGACCUAAAGGGGAUGAAGGACGGCAGGGGUUGCCAGGUGAACCAGGUCCAAGAGGCGAGAGGGGUGAGGAUGGAGAGAAAGGUGACAAGGGCGAGUCUGGACCACCUGGCAAGGAUGGUGAACCAGGAAUUCCUGGACCGGAGGGAGAGAUGGGUAUACCUGGAGAACCAGGUUCUGAUGGUGCUAUUGGCCCCAAAGGCGACAGAGGUUUCCCUGGCACCACUGGUCAGCGAGGCCAGCCUGGCCCACCAGGUGAAACAGGAGUGCCAGGCCCACCUGGUACCCCAGGAGAGCAAGGAAGAGUUGGACCUCCAGGACCUAUUGGUUUGAAGGGGAACCAAGGAGCUAAAGGAAUAAAGGGUCACAGAGGGUCCAUUGGCAACACAGGUCCAGAAGGCCCACCCGGAGCAAAGGGGGAGCCAGGACCUAGAGGCUUGGAAGGACCAAAGGGAGAUGUUGGUUUGCCAGGUCCACCCGGCCCAAGAGGUCCUCCAGGUCUGGAUGGCCAGCCAGGUCCUCGGGGACCUGAAGGUCCAGCAGGCCCCAAAGGAGAACAGGGUUCCACUGGACCUAAAGGAGAGAGUGGUCCAACUGGUCCCCCCGGACCUCCAGGUCCACCAGGUGAAGUUCUUGGAGUCUCUCCUGCAAACCUGGGUCUGCAGAAUACACAGGGUGAUGAGGAUUCAUCUCGACGAAGGAGGAGGAAGAAGAGGAGGAGGAGGUCUGCCGAUGGUAUGGACAUCGAUGAUGAUUUGGCCAGUGUCAGAGCCAAACUCCUGGCCAAACAACAUGAUGGAGUUGAAGUUCAGGUAGGAGAAGUCAUCCAAGAAGUGUCUAAGGUGAUGCUGAAUCACAUCGAUGCCCUGAAGAAGGAUGUUGACAGUUUCAGAUACCCCGAGGGAAAGCGAGAAAACCCAGCUUUGUCUUGCAGAGAAAUCAAACUGGGUCAUCCAGAAUUCAAAACUGGCUGGUACUGGAUAGAUCCAAAUCUGGGCUCUAUAGACGAUGCCAUUCAAGUCUGGUGCAACAUGACAGAAAUUGUAGAGACCUGUGUCUACCCAACCACAAAAACAAAAUCUGCUGAUGAACGGGCAUACGACAAACCCCAAAAGCAGAAGUUUUUCAAUGAGUUGCAAGGAGGAUUUCAAAUACGUUAUAUAUCCAGCAUCCAGAUGAACAUGUUGAGGCUUCUGUCUGAGCGGGGUGUUCAGAGAUUCACCUACUACUGCACAAAUUCUGUAGCCUGGUAUGACUCCAAGGGAAAUAAUCAUGACAAGGCUGUGCAUCUGCUUGGCGAUAACGAUUAUGAAUUUAAUACCGCAAAGUUUGAUGCAAAGCAGAUCAUUCAUGAUGACUGUAAGGACCGAGGAGAAAAUGGUUUCACAACGUUUGAGAUUUCAUCAAAAAAACUGGAGCGUCUUCCCAUCGUGGGCUUCCAGCCUGUGGAUUAUGGAAAUCCUAAUCAGAAAUUUGGGUUUGAAGCAGGGCCUGUGUGCUUCCAAUAG